CAAAUUCUAACAAUACCAAAAAUAUAUUUUCUUUUCAUUUCUCAUCCUAAAAGAAAGAACAACAAAGCUUUGAAGCAACUUCAAAAGUUGAGUGAAGGAGGAAGCUAGAAAAUGAUGAAACCUCAAAAAUCAUUAUUGAUCAAGAUUUUCGUUGUACAAUGCUUGUUAGUUCUUUGUGUUGCACAACAGGACUUUGAUUUCUUCUACUUUGUUCAACAGUGGCCGGCAUCUUAUUGUGACACAAGGCGUAGUUGCUGCUAUCCCACCACUGGAAAACCAGAUGAAGAUUUUAGCAUCCAUGGUCUAUGGCCAAACUAUGAAAAUGGCAAAUGGCCUCAAAACUGUGAUAGUGAAAGCUCUUUGGAUGAAUCUGAGAUCUCAGAUCUUAUAAGUACAAUGGAAAAGAAUUGGCCAUCAUUGGCUUGCCCAAGUAGCGAUGGUGUAAGAUUUUGGAGUCAUGAAUGGCUAAAACAUGGAACCUGUUCAGCUCUUGGUGAACGUGCUUAUUUUCAAGCUGCUCUUGACUUCAGGAAGAAAUCCAACCUUCUUCAAAACCUUAAGAAUGCAGGGAUUACACCAAGGAAUGGAGAACAUUACACUUUAGAAAACAUUAAAAAGGCAAUAGAAGAAGGAGUAGGACACAGCCCUUACAUAGAAUGCAAUGUGGAUACACAAGGAAACCACCAGAUUUACCAAGUUUAUCUCUGUGUGGACAAAACUGCAUCUGAUUUUAUUGAUUGUCCAGUUUUCCCACAUGGACGAGGAUGUGGUUCCAAGAUUGAAUUCCCUCCUUUCUCCUCUGACCAUGAUGAAUUUUAAUUCUUCUUUUUUUUUUGUUGGUUAACUUCAAUUAUUUGAUCAUAUUUCUUGAUCUUCUGUUGUAUUUUAAUUAAAAACAUUUCGCAUUUGUAAUAAUAAAAAUUCUUGCCAAUUAGGUAAA